AUGGAGGCCGUCUGCACUACAACCUCCUUUUCAACCCCGUUCCCACCUUAUAAUCUACCCGCCACAUUCUCAACCGCCCGUCGUUCCACCGCCACAGCGACAGCAGGUGCCAUUCACCUCCGGCCCACCGCAGAACCAAAACCCGUUCUUGGGGUUGAGACAAAGGAUUUGGGCUGUGGAAAUGAAAUCAAUCUUCAGGAGGAAAAUACUGAUGAAAGCUAUUAUGAGGAGAAGAAGGUGGAGGGGGCUCCGGUUAACGUCGUUAAGAAGGGUCUGAGAAGGGCGCUUCCGCCGCGCCUUCGGAGGGCAUUAAGGUCGACUUUUAGCGUCGACAAGAGGCCACGGUUAGUUAAGCAAGAAUGGAGGCCCCGGAAAUCAUCAGCGAACCCGGAAUCUUAUGAGGCUUCCGGUGAUGCUGGUGCCUCCCUUUCGGCGCUGCCGGCUUCUGGUGAUGAGUUUUCACAUCCCUUCAAAACUACUGUGAUGAUCAAGAACAUUCCUAACCAGCUGGGGAGGGAUUUUAUGCUCAAGUUUCUUGAUGACUGUUGCAAAUCCUACUCGCUGGAAUAUGAUUUCCUCUAUCUACCUAUGGAUUUCAGAAAGAAAGGGAAUUUGGGAUAUGCGUUUGUGAACUUCACUUCCGCCGUUGCUGCCCUGGAAUUCAGCAAGACUCUACACAACUACAAGUGGGAAACGGCUUGUACUGAUAGAGGGCCCAUCACCUCCAAGAAAAUUUGUGAGGUCACCUGGGCCAGGAUUCAGGGGAAAGAAGCUUUGAUUAGGAGAUUUAAGAAUUCCAGCUUCUGUUGUGAUAGACUAGAUUUCUUGCCGGUGGUUCUGGACCCGCCCCGAAACGGAUUAGAGCCGAAUCCUUGUGCACCUGUGGUUCUUGGCAAACUUAACCGGCCGGAGGCACGGAGCAAGACUUACUGA